GUGCACAGCUUCAGUGGCUCGGCAGAGAGUGAGAACGAGGGACUGAAGUGUGAGAGAGGGCAGGCUGCAGAGGCCCACGCCACAGCGACUGGUGGAAGGAAGUGUGACAAUCAGCCCAGGAGAUGACUUUGUGAAAUUUCGUCUGUCCUUCCGUUCAGAGACCGGACCUUUUCUCAAACAGACAUGAAUGGUGAUGGCGGCAAACAGCGUUAUGUGUCAACCUUCAGGAUGCAGAUCAAGGCACCCUGUGCAUCAUCGGCUUCAGGGAAGGAGCCAAGAGCUGCUGGCACCAGGACCUCAGUCAAAUCAUCUGAUACAGGGUCUGUUACGCUUUCCUCCAAUAAACAUCUGGAACCGCCAGUCUUUGUAAAGCCCUUGGAGGACUGCUGUGUGGAUGAAGGCCGUGACAUCACACUACGCGGGAUCCUCACAGGAAGCGAGCCAAUCAAAGUUGUGUGGCUGCACAAUGGUGAAGUGGCACGCUUUGGAAAUGCAUCCUUCAAUGGCAGGGAGGUGAAAUUUGUGGUGAGAGAGUGCUUGCCAGAGGACGCCGGUGCAUACACCUGCUUGGCAGAAAGCAAUGCAGGGAAGACAUCCUGCAGCGCUGCUGUGUUUGUCAGAGACUUUGAGACUAUCUGUGGUGUGCGGAAUCACGUCGCAAAGAUCCCCACUUCUUUAUCCAAGAGCACAGCGGAAAAUGGAAGUGCACAGCAGGUCCCCAGAGAUGAGCCACAGAAGUUCAAAGGCUCUCAUUCUACGUCUCCCACAGACUCCGCUAAACAGAGCCUGUUGUCUCCAAAAGAAGUCCUCCCAAAGAAGAGAGCUAACUCAGGGACAGGCCCAGUGUUACAUUUUGAUAACCCCCCGCAGCAUCUCGAGGUGAAGGCAGGACAAACUGCCAAGUUGACGUGCUUAUUCAUCGGAAACCCACCUGUCGUGUCUUGUUGGAUCCGAAACAAAGAACAGAUAGUGGAUGGUCAGGAGCUUUGGGUGGAAAAUACAGAUGGGAGCAGCACACUGGUCAUAGCAGAGGCUAAACCACAGCACUCGGGUCGCUAUACUGUUGUAGUGAAGGAUCGCAAGAGCUCAGCUCAACACGUGCUUACACUUUCUGUUAUAGAAAGACCAGAGCCUCCAGCCUCUUGCCCGGUGGUCACCCUUGUCUCUGCAUCCAGUCUUGUGCUGUCCUGGUCGGGCCCCUGCUACGACGGCGGCAACGCCAUACUGGGAUACGUGGUUGAAGUAAAGAAUCAAGGAGACGCCAAGUCUGAGGAUUGGACUGAACUCACUGCUCAGUGUAAAAGUACAUCGUACAGAGUGUCGUCCGGGCUUCUGCCGCAACAGGAAUACUGUUUCAGGGUGAGGGCCUACAACGCAGUGGGAGUAAGUGAGCCGGGACCAGUGUCACCAGUGGUUAGGAUGGAGCAGAAAGGAAAAGCACAAGAAGAGGAAGCCCCUCAAAUGUUUUACUCCGUCACCAUUGACUCCACUCACAAAGUCACAGAUCACUACAAUUUGCAUGAGAAACUGGGCAUGGGAAAAUUUGGCUUGGUUUUCAAGCUAACUCACAAAGAGACAGGACGUGUGUGCGCUGGAAAGUUCUACAAAGGACGUCGUGCCAAAGAGAGGGAGGCUGCUCGUAAAGAGAUAGAACUGAUGAACUACCUGCACCACCCCAAACUAGUUCAGUGUUUGGCUGCGUACGACCACAAGCCUGAGAUGGUUAUGGUCAUGGAGUUCAUUGCAGGUGGGGAACUGUUUGAACGUAUUGUCGAUGACAGCUUUGAGCACACAGAGCCUGCCAGUGUGCGCUACAUGCAGCAGAUCCUGGAGGGAAUCGCUUUUAUGCACCAGCAGAACAUCAUCCACCUGGAUCUCAAACCAGAAAACAUUGUGUGCGUUGACACCACCGGCACGUCCGUUAAGAUAAUUGACUUUGGAUUAGCCAGCAGGCUUGAUGGCAAUACACCUCUGAAGGUAAUGCACGGGACACCUGAGUUUGUGGCACCUGAAGUGAUCAACUAUGAGCCCGUGUGUUUUGCCACUGACAUGUGGAGCAUUGGGGUCAUCUGCUACAUCUUGCUGAGUGGCGAGUCUCCUUUCCAGGGAAACAGUGAUGCAGAGACCCUGGCCUUGGUGACGGCAGCUCAGUGGGAGUUUGAUGAGGACAGCUUUGAGGAGAUUACAGAACAGGCAAAAAAUUUCAUCAGUUCCCUGCUCAACAAGGACACCAGACAGAGGAUGUCAUGUGCAGAGGCCCUUGCCCACCCCUGGAUGGCAGCAUUUGACUCUGGCGAUCUGGCCAACACAAAGAGUCUGCCCAAGGACAAGAUGAAGAGGUUUCUAGCCAGGCAGAAGUGGAAGAAAGCCGGCAAGGCCAUGUUAGCCCUUAAGAGAAUGGCUCUAUUGACUAAAAGUGACAGCUCUGUGUCUCCCACAAGCCCUCAACAAGACUUAUCCCUGGACCCUGAGACAGAACAUGCUCUGCAGUCUCUGGAGCGUAAGAUGCAGGGACCGCCGCAGUUCACCCAGAGCUUGAAAGACCAGACAGUAGCUCAGGGAUCCAGCGCCCGUCUCUCAUGUUAUCUCACAGGAUACCCUGACCCAGAGGUGGUGUGGCUGUGUGGCGAGGAACCUGUGGUGGAGUCAUCCACUGUGCAGAUAGAGUAUGAGGAAGAUGGCCGAUGUACCCUGGUUCUAAUGAAAGUCGGCCCCAAUGACACCAAUGUUUACACUUGUAAGGCCACCAAUGACCACGGGGAGAUAUUCUGCUCAGCCAAACUAACGGUUAAAAAAUAGGUUCAUACUCAGCAAAAAAACUGUAUAAAUACAAUGUUCUUUGAGACCUUGAAUAGAUGCAUUGAACUUUGUUGUUUUAAUAUGAGGGACACAACUGGGGACCAGUCUGUAUACCUUUUAAGUGUAGCUAGAAAGACAUGUAUUUUGUACAACAUUUAUAUUAUUCAGAUGUAUUUUGUUACAGACCUACAUGCAUAGAGGUUGAUAUUUCUUUACGGGAUGUGGUAAUAAACUGCCUUAGUUUCAGGUAAAACCGCAAAUGUGUGUCUAGACUGGGUAAUGGUGAUUCGCUUUCCCAAACCUGUCUUCUGGCAUGGAUAAAUCCAUUUUGUGGAGAAAAAAAAAUGUUGUUUGUACGUAUUGAAGUUUCAAUUCUAAAAUCCUACAUAAGUUUGUAGAAAAUAAAAAUACAUGUAUAUUAUUUGCCGAACUUCA